GAAGUGUGUGAUGAGUUUCGACUUUGACGUUUGACGCUUUAGCUUUGACUUUUGACUUUUAUUUUUUAUGAAGUUUUUUAGGAUAGAAAAGAAAGAAAAUACUUUGGAUAUUAUUUUAUACCAACCUCAUCUGCUUAAACUUACAACUAAAGGUUAUUUAUUCCAAAUGUAAGUUUGCUUUGCUUUAAAAUCAGAAUUAAUGUGCCAGUAUUUCUUUUUAUACCUAUAAUGUUUACAUUUUUAAGUACUCAUGUACCGAAUAGUGUCGUGCAAUUUGCAACUGCUGCGUAUUUUAGAGCACAAGCCCGUUUGAAUAACGGAUUUAGAGGUUUUCACAGUUCACAAGUUACUAUUAAGUUAAAUUCAAUGAAGAUCCAAAUUCUUCCCGCUCUUUCAGAUAAUUACAUGUACUUGAUCACAGAUGAACACUCUAAAGAAGCAGCUGUAGUUGAUCCUGUUGAACCUGAUACUGUGUUACAAGCUGUGCAAACAGAAGGGGCACGUUUAACGAAAAUUUUAACUACUCAUCAUCAUUGGGAUCAUGCAGGAGGAAAUGAACAACUCGUAAAAAAAUUUCCUGGCCCUCUUCAAGUAUUUGGCGGGGAUCAAAGAAUUGGAGCUUUGACAAACUUGGUUAAAGAUAACGAUACAUUUGAUAUAGGAAAUAUAAAAGUUCAAUGUAUAUUUACACCAUGUCAUACAACUGGACAUAUUUGUUAUUACUUAAAUGCGCCUGGCCAGGACCCAGUGGUAUUUACAGGUGAUACCUUGUUUGUAGCAGGUUGCGGAAGAUUUUUUGAAGGAACCGCUGAACAAAUGCAUACAGCCUUGAUAGAGAAGCUGGGUCGCCUCCCUGAUAACACUCAAGUCUUUUGUGGUCAUGAAUAUACAGUGCAAAAUCUUAAAUUUGCCCGAUUUGUGGAUAGAAACAAUCCUGAAGUAUUAAAGAAAAUAGAAUGGGCUGAUGCUAGAAGAAAAAAUGGCCUUCCUACAGUUCCUAGUACAAUAGCUGAAGAGAAGGCAGUUAAUCCAUUUAUGAGGGUUAUGUUGCCGGAAAUACAAAAUCAUGCCGAGUGUAAUUCGUCAGUGACGGCAAUGCAUAAUCUUAGAAAAGAAAAAGAUAAUUUUACUGGAUAAUAUACAGGUGUCUACUACAGAAAAUCGUUAUUGCAAAUUUAUUUUUGUUAUUUUUUUUAUGUAAAUAAAUAUUAAAAGAGUUAAGGGUUACAAAAUAUUCGUAUUAUUUUUUUUAUAAUCUUGUGGAAUGAAUUUUGUGGAAUGAAUUCCAAGAAAUUUAUUUAUUGUAGCAUCAAACACAACAAUGACCAUGCACUUUUUAUUUAAUGUCCUGUUGGCCAUGGAAAAAUGACAAUCAUACUUUGUUCCCUUUACCUGUCACUCUAAACAAUGUAAAUCAAU